CUUGAAUAUAAAAAUUUUCUUUAUUCAAUAAAAUUCAUUUUGAACAAAAUGAAAUCAUUACGUCGAUUUCGUGAAAAAUCUAUGAUUGUCACACCUUUCUUGAUUCGUAAACGUAAAAUUCGUUAUGAAGAAUCAAUGAUUAUGACAACACCGACAACGGUUGAAAAAAAUUCCCAAGACUUCUCGCCUACAUCAUUUACAAAUUGUUCAUCAUCAUCAUCAUCAUUAUCUCCAUCAUCACCAGGCCUACAAAAUUUUCGAACAAUGAUCGAUUGCAUUGAACAAAUCGAACAGGAUAAUCAUCAUUAUAAUCAACGUAUUAAACAUCGAUUAGAUUUAAUCAAACGACAAUUACGACAACAUCGAAAAAGUUAUUUUGAUCAACAGAAAAGCUAUCGUGAUCAAAUAAAAACGGACAAAUUAUUGACAGAAAUAUUGUUAGAUCUUCGAAAUAAUAAUGCUAGCAUUGAAAUGAUUAAACAAGAUUUGAAUAUGAUAAAACGACAACAACAACAACAACAACAAAUGACAAAUGAUGAUCGAUAUCCAAAUGAGGCGAAGGAAAUCCUUCACGUCAUACAAUCAACAUCAUCAAUGACAGAAAGUGGACAAAAACAAAUUUCAUUUCCUUUGAUAAUGUCGUCGAAUGUUGGAAAUUCUGACGAUUGUCAAAUUGAAUUACCCAGAAAAAUAAACGAUAAUGAUGAUAAUCAACAGGAUUAUAGAAACGUCACUGAUGACCUCGUUACUACACCAUUAAAUAGUUCACGUUUUAUGUCCCAUUCUAUACUAUCACCAUCAUCUUCAUCGAUUUGUAUGGAUAUACCAUCGAAUGAUGAUGAUGAAAUGAAAUCAAUUCAACAGAAACUUCAACGUUUAAGGGAAACGGUUAAAAAUCCAAGAAUUAAACGAAUGAUUUUAGAAGGACAACAAUUGAUUACAAAUGACGGUAGUUACAUUAUCAAUAACAUACAAAGAACACCAAUAGAGAAUGAGGCUAUUGGUUGGGUUUUACAUCCUAUGAUGACAAUGAUGUGUGAAUGAAGAAUAGGAUGUCGGGUCAUAUUUUGUUGAAUUUUUUCAAAUUACAAAAAAAUAAAAAUAAAAAUCUAUA